GUCUGGGCUCGGUUUAUGGUCUGCCUCUCAAUGUAUUUAAUUCUUCUUCUUCUGUGUGUUAAUUAUAACCCCUGUUCUGCAUGCGGCCAGGCUGAAUAUAAAAUCGGUGAUGAAUGCUGUCCUAUGUGUCUCCCCGGAAAUCGUGUCUACAGACAUUGUACAGCGUCCACCAACACUUCAUGUGUUCCAUGCCCAGAUUCUACAUUUAAUGCCCAGCCCAAUGGUCUUGAACAGUGCAGCCCCAGUACAGUCUGUGUUAAAGUCCUUGGUGUGAAAACAGUGACAGCAUGUACACCCACUUCAGAUACAGUGUGUGGGGUCCUGGAAGGGCACUAUUGUAUUAAUCCUUAUAAGGGAGGAUGCAGGGCAGCCAAUAAACACACAGUCUGCAAACCUGGACAGUUCAUCCAACAGCCUGGAACAGAAUACACUGAUACCGUCUGUGAGGACUGCAGUGAUAAUUCAUACUCUGAUGGCUCCUUUACCGCCUGUAAACCACACACAGACUGUGAAUCCAGAGGACUUGUCACAGUUAAAGCAGGAGACCAAGCAGCUGAUUCUGAAUGUGGAGAGAAAAGUUUUGAUAUUGAAGUAUCAGUUGGAAUAGUAGCAACAGCAGUAGUAGCAGCAAUAAUAGUAACAAUAUACAAAUUAUAUAAAAAGAAAUAUAGAAUAUAGAAAAUAUUCCCUUGUACGAAUAUUACAUAUUCUUGUACAUAAGUGCAUGCAAGUGUUUAUAAACAUGAUUUUUAUUCAGUAUGUUGAAAAAAAUCCAUUGUCAUUGGUCAUAAUCUGAAAUACUAAACAAUGAAGAAGUGAAUUUGAAUGACACAAA